AUGGCUUACUGGGGCUUCAGGACGCCUGCAAACUUUGCGAUGUGGCUUGUUGUCACUGUCCUUCUAGUGACAGGGGCAGUAUGGCUCAUCAUCGGAGGUGUUAAUACUCAUGGAUGUAACUUUUGUUAUUCGGAAUUCAAUAAAGACCUGACAGUGAAGGACCCGUCUGGCACCGAGAAGGGCUGCACAGUGCUGGCUUUCUCGUUUGCGCUCUACGAGCCGCAGCGCUUGCGUGAGGCGGAUCCAAGAGGCAAUAUGUGGGGCUGGACAAGCCUUGCAAGCAUCAAUGUUUUCAAGUAUGCGAGCGCGAUUGGAGCCAAGAGAUCAGGUCCCCCUUGUGCAAUUUACGGGAUCACGCCCGGCGAGCCACGGAAUCCGAUCGGCUUUCAUUACGACAGGGAUCAAGGGACUUUGGGUUGCGUAGGCGACACCCAGCUCGUGGGGCACGCAGCUGCUAUCUAG